GGUACUAUGUCAACGUCAACGUAUAGACGAGUGUUUUUAAAUGCGGAAAUGCUUCUAAUCCAUAUUUUGUAAUUAUUAUACGAAGAAUGAAUAUAUCAUUGUAACACAAGUCGAUUGUACCGCAGUUUUAAGUUUUUGCAUGUUAUUUGUAACUGAGAGGAAAUACUUUUUGGAAUAGCGCAAAGUUAAUAUGGCAACAUCCGAAAGUGAUGACUUCGAAAGUGCUGACGAGGAGAUGAACUAUUCUAUGGUAGUAAAAAACCGUAUUCAAACACAACAAUGGAAUUCACCAACCACAAUAGAUUCAGAAUCCGAUGAUGAUACAGAAUAUGUACCUCGAAUACCGCAUACAAGUAUAAUUUUUAGUAGCAAGACAGGAAAAUAUUGCUCACUUCCAGAUGCGAGAACUGACGAAAACAGUAUUAAAGAUACGCAUAAUUAUGCAAAGCUCGAACAACCAAUUACUGGUGUUGACAGAAUAUGUGAAAAAAGUAAUGAAAAUGUUACAUUUCCCAAUUUGAAAGAGGAGUGUGUAGAAACAAAUAUAAGUACUACAAACCUAAAAGUAAAGGAUAAUAAUAAAGAAUCAAUGUUGGACAAAAAUGAAAUAAAAGCACCUCUUGAAAAAGAUGCAAAUAUGGAACUUCAUUUUGAAGGAAUAACAGUUAAAUCUAAUGAGAAAGAAGAGGAUUUAAAAAAACAAAAGUUAGGUGUAAGAAAAUUGGGAACCAAAAUUAAAUCAAGUAAUAAAUUUGUAGAUGACACAGAUAAUGUAGACACGCAUAUUCAUGAAUCAAUGGCAGAAGAGAAUAUAUUGCUUAAAAAGCCAUCUAUAAAAGAGGAGAUAACUGAAUCAGAAAUGCCAGAAGAAAUGAAAUUAGAUAAGAAAUUUAAAGAAGUAUUUAAACCUGAAGGAUGGGAAGGACUUGGAAAAGAGAUUGAAUUACCUGAAGAAUUAACAGAAGAAAAAUUACAACCAAUAUUAAAGAGAUUAUCAGUAGCUGGACAAGAAGCUGAAAAUUCUUCAAUGGGAUGGGGUUGGGCUAACUGGGGUGUAAGUUCUUUAAUUAAUACAGCUGGUGCUGGAGUUUCUACUUUAUCAAGCCAUGUAUCACAUGGACUCACACUUUUAGAAGAAUCUAUGGCUAUACCUGAUGAAUGUAAAUCUAUCACAAAUGAAAAAGAAGAAGAUGAUCAUAUAAUUAAAGAUGAUAAACAGGAGCAGCCCAAAGAACAGUCUUCUUUUGGAUUUGGAAAUCUUAUAUCAGGAGUAUCAUCAAUAACAAAGCUAGUUGAAUCAACUGGAAGUAAAGUUAUGAGUGGUGGAUUAGAUACUUUAGAAGCCAUUGGUAAAAAAACAAUGGAAGUUUUACAAGAUGGUGAUCCUGGAUUAAAGAAAAAAAGAGCAUUUCUUUUUAAUGAACCAGAAAAGCCAAAUUUAUCUCAAAUUCUUCGAGAAGCUAAAGAAAAAACAGAUGCUAUUGAAAAAACAAUGGAAGAAAAGCAAAAAAUGAGGAAAGUACAUUUUGAAACUCUUUUUGAUGAUUAUCAAGGACUUGUUCAUUUAGAAGCACUAGAAAUGUUGUCAAAACAAAGUAAUAUUAAAAUACAACAGCAUUUGAUUGGUUUAGAUACAAAUGAAUUAUGUUCUAUUCAGAAGAUGUUAGAAGAUGUGGAAGAACUAUGUGAGUUGGAUAAAGAUGAUGAUAAUGAGGAUGAAAUGAAUGAAAAAGAUUUGAAAUCUAGGCUGCAAGAAGCUUGCAGUGACCUCGGAAUUAAUCUUACAUUUGAAAAAUUGCAUGAUAUUUCUGAAGACUGCAAAGCUUAUACUACACCAUCUAUGAUGCAUAAUGAUCAAGAAAUAUUUGAACAUGCUGUUUCUGUUCUUGCCCAAUUUACAGCUUUUUCUGUGGAAAGAUUUCAUAAAACCGCUGAAUUACUUUUAAUCAAAACACGUCGAAGCACUGUUGAUGAAGCUGAUUCAUUAGUUCAAUUAGCAAAUAUUCUUUCUAAUGAAAUUGAAACACUAGCCCAUGCUUACUGUAUCUGUUUAGAUGUACUUGUUAAAACUUCUGACACUCCUGAUAGUAUUCAAACUAAUAUAACUACAAUUUUCAAGGAGGCUGGAAAUGCAAGUUCUUAUAUUCAAGAUGCCUUUAAACUGUUAAUUCCCAUUAUACAAGUUGGUGCUAUAUAA